AUGGCGCAUUUUGCAAGCUUUUUGGCUGCAAUUCUAUCUAUUUCGGUGGUAAUUACAGUUAACGGGCAAAUCAGCAGUCCAUGCUCGGUGUCGAUGAUCACUAGCUUCACCCCAUGUGUAAAUUUCGUCACUGGGAGUAGCUCGAACGGCAGAUCACCGACCGCAAGCUGCUGUAGUGCGGUGGAAUCGCUCACGACCACAAGCAUGGAGUGCAUGUGUCUUAUUGUUACAGGAAACGUGGCUUUUUCGUUACCAAAUCCUAUCAAUCAGGCGUUGGCCAUUACGCUCCCUAAAGCGUGUAAAUCUAAAAGGGUGCCGCUGCAAUGCAAAUCUACCGGUGUUCCUCUACCUCCUGCAGGCCCCGCGUUAUUCGUUCCUCCUCCGCCCAAAAUUCCGGCACCUCGAGCUCUUCCGCCACCUGCUGAUUCUCCGGAAUUGCCACCGAGUCCUAGUGGUUCCAAGAAAGCAAUGUUGGCACCAACACCAUCCAAAACGGCUCCAGCCGUCUUGCCAGAUCCAGGGGCAGAUCAGGAACCCAACGCCCCCGAUGCAUCAGCACCAAUUAGGCAAGCUCCAAUCGCUGGUUCAGGCAUCCGACCAGUGCUAACCCCAGUAUCGGCUUCAAAUCCGCUAUCGGUUCCACCACCUCUUCUCUUGUUAAUGCUAGUAGCAACCACCGUCACCAAUUUCUGUCAAGUCUUUCUUUUCCGAUCCAUCCUCUGAUUCCCGAACCAUGUGGCAGUUUCCCUUUGGUCAGAAAAAGAAACGAAAAAGUUUAUAUACGUUGUGGAUUUGGUUAAAA